AUGGUACAGCUGUUCCUGCGUCGCACCGAUGGGUCGACGCUAUCUUUCUUCUGCGAUAAGGGCAAUUACAUUUCCGACGUGAAAAGACGCCUUGAGUCGUUGGAAGGCAUUCCAUAUUCGUUACAAUCCUUGUCGCUUAAUGGGCUUCUCUUGCAGGAUGAUGAAGCCCUUAAAGAUUGCUGCGACUCAGCGAUUGCCCUAAUGGAUCUGGAUGUGGAUCUUCUAGGCGGCGCAAAGAAACGCAAGAAAAAGGUAUAUACUACACCCAAAAAGAUCAAAAGGAAGCCGAAAAAAGUUAAGCUAGCUACUUUGAAGUUCUAUCAAGUUGAACCCAAUGGUAAGCUAAAUCGAUUGAGGAGGGAGUGUCCUAAUAAGGAGUGUGGUGCUGGUGUCUUCAUGGCCAGUCACUUCGACAGAGAAUAUUGUGGGAAAUGUGGACUCACGUAUAGACAUGGUGCCCAAUAA